UUUUGUUAUUAACCAAGCAUAGCUUACUUGUACUUUUCCAAAUUUUUUUAAAGUUAUCUUAAAUAGAAGCUAUUCAAGAUGGUGCUGGAGGCUACUAUGUUAUUAAUUGAUAACUCUGAAUGGAUGAUUAAUGGAGACUAUAUACCCAAUAGAUUUGAAGCUCAAAAAGACAGUGUGCAUUUGAUUUUUAAUCAAAAAAUCAAUGAUAAUCCAGAAACCAUGUGCGGUUUGAUGACGAUGGGUGACAAUAAUCCUCAGGUGUUGAGUACGUUGACAAGAGAUUAUGGUAAAUUUUUGUCAGCAAUGCACGAUUUACCUGUUCGUGGAGACUCAAAGUUCGGAGACGCUAUUCAAAUUGCUCAGCUUGCCCUGAAGCAUCGAGAAAACAAGACUCAAAGGCCUAGAAUUGUUGCGUUCGUUGGAUCUCCUGUCGUUGAAGAUGAAAAGAAUUUAAUACGCUUGGCAAAGAGAAUGAAGAAAAAUAAUAUUGCUAUUGAUAUUGUCCACAUUGGAGAACUUGAAAGCGAAGGCGCAUUGCAGCGUUUUAUUGAAGCUGCAAACUCUAACGAUAAUUGCCAUCUUGUAAGUGUACCCCCUAGCUCUCAACUUCUCUCAGACUUGGUAAAUCAAUCUCCCAUUGGACAAGGAGUUGCGGCUUCUCAAGGCCAAUUCGAAUAUGGUGUUGAUCCUAACCUUGACCCUGAGUUGGCCUUGGCUUUGGAGCUUUCUAUGGCCGAAGAACGGGCUCGUCAAGAAGUUGCUGCUCAAAAACCAGCUGAACCAUCCGAGCCAGCCGAAGAACAAGGCGAUAAAAAAAUGCAAGAGUAAUCUUUCUUUAUUUCCAUGUCUUUAGUUGAAUGCUUAUUAUUACUUAUGACAUAUCCGAAAAUACAAACUGAUUGGUACGGCGAAAUCAAUUUUGUUUAUACGUGAAAAUAAUUUUCAUGUACAAAUUAGAAAAUGUGUUAGAACUUGAUGUUCUUGAAUGAAUACUUGUUUAUGAAAUUUGAUACUUACUACUACUACUUUUCUAAUAUUCUCCUUGAAAAUCACGUACCAUUGAUCCUAAAAUUUCAAAAGGUAUUAUGUAUAUCUAAAUGAUUAC